AUGGUGGAUGACGGCGAAAACAAUACCCCCCCUCCCCGGGAGGCAAGUGAAAUGAUUGAGGACAGCAAUGACGAGAAUCAUCCGCCUCCUCGUCUCAUGAUUACCAAGAUGGUCUUGGAAAACUUCAAAUCAUAUGCAGGUAUCAAGGAAAUUGGACCCUUUCAUAAGUGUUUCUCUGCUGUUGUCGGUCCAAAUGGAUCUGGAAAAUCAAAUGUGAUCGAUGCAAUGCUAUUCGUGUUUGGCAAGCGUGCCAAAAAAUUGCGUCUCAAUAAAGUUUCAGAAUUGAUCCACAAGAGCGAUGCGGUAAAAGAUGACCCUCCUCAAUAUGCCCGCGUGUCUGUUCACUUUCAGGAAAUCGUAGACACUGGAGACGGUGACGACGAUUUUGAAAUUGUCCCGAACACAGAAACCAUUGUUACGAGAAUUGCUAAGACCGAUAGUUCAUCGACCUACAAACUCGAUGGUAGAAACUCUUCCUUCAAGGAUAUCGCAACUUAUCUGAACUCUAAGGGCAUCGACCUUGACAACAAUCGUUUUUUGAUCCUGCAAGGUGAGGUCGAAAUGAUAUCAAUGAUGCCACCCAAAGGAAAGACAGAGAAUGAUGAAGGUUUGCUGGAAUAUCUUGAAGACAUUAUUGGAUCUUCCAAGUUCGUAGAAGCUACGAACGAGGCAGCAGAAAAAGUGGACGCUCUAACCGAAGUUCGACAGGAAAAGUUGAACCGCGUCAAGGCAGUCGAGAAAGAGAAGGAUAAUCUUGAAGGAGCAAAGCAAGAAGCCGAAGCGCUAUUGGCAAAAGAGCGGGAAAUUCGUCAGAAGCAGAAUAUACUAUACCACAUUCAUCUAAUGACGACCGAUCAAGAAGGUGUUCAAAUCUCCGAAAAGAAGGAGAAAGUCGCUGUGAAAAUAUCCAAGCAAAAAGAAAAACUGACCUUUGCUGAUGAAAGAAUUGAAGAAAUUGAAAGUGGUCUAUCGGAACAACGCAAAGACUACGAUGCAACCUUCAAUGAACUGAAGAGGACUAAGGAUGAGUUCACAGCAGUAGAGAGAAAAGAUAUCAAGCUCCGCGAAGAGAUCAAGCAUGAGCGAAGCAAGAACAAAAAGUUGAAGGACAAGAUCAAGACUGAAACAAAGAAGGAGACUACGGCUGCUAAGAAGAGGGAAAAGGCCAUCGAGAGAAUUCCACUGCUUGAAGAAGAAAUUCAGAAUCUAGUCGAGGAACGAAAGGUUGAAGAUGAAAAGUUGGAAAGGAUAGAAGAAGAGACCAAAGCUUCCACUCAGAAAAUCAGACGAAAGCUAGAAGUGAAGACCGAGGAAUUGGCUCCAGUCAAGCAGCAACGGGCUGAACUUCAGGCAUCGCUCGAAACUGCUGAAACAGAGCUUAAGCUCAUGAAAGAUUCAACUGAUCGAGCCCAAGAGCGUCUUCAAUCAGCAGAAGAAGAACUGGCUGCAUUGGACGAGACACAGGACAAGAAACGAAACGAACUGCAAACCACCGAGAAGGACCUAUCCACUGCAAAGAUAACUGUUCAGGGUCUGCAUAACGAAGACAAGUUUCUUAUUCGUGAUGAAGAAUCUCUUGGGAAAAAGCAAAAAGAGUACAUUGCAAAACUGGAAGACGUCAGAUCUGCCAUGAGAUCUACAGGUGGAGGAAAAGGUCGCUCCAAGGCAACAAGGGGGAUCAUCAAAGCUGCGAAGAAGGGAGGGGAGUUAUCAGGCUGUGGAGUGCUUGGUCGUCUUGGAGACCUUGCAACAGUUCCAGCAAAGUAUGAUGUAGCGGUUUCAACUGCAUGCGGUAUGCUUGAUCAUAUCGUUGUUCAGACCACUGCUGGGGCUCAAAGAUGCCUUGAGUUCCUCAGAAAGCACAACUUAGGACGAGCAAGCUUUAUACCGCUGGAUAAGCAAAAGAAGGGUGCUCAUGAUCGAGCUGUAGAGACACCUGAAGGCGCACCUCGGCUUUUUGAGCUCAUUGUUCCAUCCAACUUUGCUGUCACGCCAGCGCUUUACCUCGCAGUUGGAAAUACUCUUGUGGCACCUGACCUUGAGACAGCAUCACGUUGGGCAUAUGACUACUCCAAGAGGUGGCGAGUUGUUACCUUGGAUGGAAAACUCAUCGAGACUGCUGGAACAAUGUCCGGGGGCGGCAAAGCAGUUCGUCGUGGAGGUAUGCGUCUCGCAGAUUCAAGAUCGCAUGCCCCUGCUGCUUCGUCCGGCGAGGAUUUUGAAGCCGCUUUGGAAACCCUCGAAAAGGAAAACAAUGAAACCAACAAUAGACUUCAAGAGUGCCGAAAGCGGCGACUGACGAUCAAGGACGAACUCCGGACUCUUUCCAAGACUAUCAAGACUCUGGAGAUCAAGAUGCCCAAGUUGCGUAUGGAGAUCGCUGGUUGUGAUACUACCAGAGAGGAAUUAACGAAACUCGUUCCAGAGCUUCGAGAACAGACCAAGGUCAGUGAGGAAGAUGCGGAAAGACUGCUUGAACUAAGCAGCAAUGUUGGAAGAUGCACAGUAGAGGUCGAAUCAUGUGCGAAACGAGCCUCUGCGUUGGAGAAAGAGGUCUCGGAUAUGCAGAAUGAAAUUCUCAAAGCUGGUGGAACAAGAAUGAAGAACCAGAAGGCAACAUGUGACAAGAUUGUAUCCCAAUUGAACGAAGCAGAAAAGAAACUGAACUCUUCUAAUGUUGAAAUCAAGUCCACUGAAAAAGCGGUUUCCAAGGCCAAAGCUGCUAGAGAAGGUCUGGAGAAGGAACUAGCAGGAAACGAAGAGCUUCUGGAGGAGAAACAAAAGGAAUUCAAGGCGCUUGAAGCAGGAGCGUUCCAAGUAAUGACUGCGUAUGAACAGGUCAAGGUUGUGGAAGAAAAGAAAAGGCUUGCACUCGAGAAAGUGUCGAAAGAAGUCGAAGACUUGAAAGCCUCUCAAUCGGAAGUAAGAUGUGUUGAAAUCGAUCUGCUAGGCCAAUUGGACGCCCUCGAGAAGCAGUGCUCUGAAAACAAAAAGAAGAAGAGAAGAUGGCACAAGGAAAUUGAAAAGCUUCGUAAGGUCGAGAAAGAGAACGAAGUCGAGGAAGACGAAGAGGUUGAAGAUGAAGUCGAAAAGAUCAAGCAGAACAGCGAAGACCAAGCAGAGUCCGGUGGUGCAAUGGAUGUUGACGAAGAGAAGGAUGAUGGUACUGACGACGAAGCCACCAACGAAAGCUCCACUGCAGGAGAAUCAGAAUCAAUGCUCUCUCAUUCUGUUCUUGAACAAUACAAGGUCAGCGAAGUAGAGGAAGCGAUUGAAACACUUAGGAAUGAGAGAAGCACUCUCGCAAGAAAUGCAAAUAUGGGAGCAAUUACUGAAUACAAGAAGAAGGAAGCCGACUAUCUUUCCCGAGUAGGUGAACUAGAUCAAGUGACUGACGAACGGAACGAAGCUCGCAGAAAGCACGAAGAGCUCCGACGUGAGCGCCUUGAAAUGUUUAUGGAAGGUUUUGGUGCGAUCACACUAAAACUGAAAGAGAUGUACCAGAUGAUUACUCUUGGUGGAGAUGCCGAACUCGAACUUGUCGACUCUCUUGAUCCAUUUUCUGAAGGCAUUGUAUUCUCAGUAAGGCCACCAAAGAAGUCAUGGAAGAAUAUCAGCAACUUAUCAGGAGGUGAAAAGACUCUCUCGUCGCUAUCGCUUGUAUUUGCACUUCAUCACUAUAAGCCAACUCCGUUGUACGUCAUGGACGAGAUUGAUGCUGCAUUGGAUUUCAAGAAUGUAUCAAUUGUGGCAAAUUACAUCAAGGAACGGACGAAGAAUGCCCAAUUCAUCAUCAUUUCUCUUCGAAACAAUAUGUUUGAACUUGCAGAUAGACUGGUUGGAAUCUACAAGACAAACAAUUGCACAAAGAGUGUUACCAUCAAUCCGAAGGCAUUUGGUGUCAAUGGCAAACAAAAUGGUGGUUCAUCGCCAAGUCAAGUGCCCUUGGCAAAUGUAACGAAUAGGGAUUCUGCUGCUGCACCACCAAAGACUGUGGUAACUGCUGGGAACGCCGAACAGAAGGCAGGGCCAUCAGUAUCCACAAGCAAGUCGAGCCCAUUCUUCUCGCUUGACAACUCAAGCCCGACUUUCUUCCAGUCGCGGGCGACUUCUUAA